AUGGUAAGGGUGACCACAACCGGAGGACGAACAUCUGCUGUUUGUAACGCUUCAACGAGCAAUCGAUUUGGUGAAGGCAAAACAGUAAAGACGAAAGCGGAAGAAAAGAUGUCAGACGAAGACUAUCAAUUAACUCCAAAAAGAGACUACGUACGUACUCGAGACACCAACGAUGGAGAAUACCAUAGAGAUAACGAAGACAGGCGGCAUAGAAGAAGAACAAAAUCACGUGAUAUAUCAAAUGACAGACAUAAAUCACGUGACAGAUCGAAAGAAAUAAAACAUAGAAAACGAGAUAAACUAAAAGGGCGAGAUAAAUCACACGAUAAAUAUAAAUCACGUGACAAUUCACGUGACCGCCGCAAUAAAUUACGUGAUGCGUCACAUGAUAGAUACAGGUCACGUGACAAUUCAUACACCAGGCACAGAAAGUCACAUGAUAAAUCACAUGACAGAGACAGAGCUCGUAGAAGAUCUAAAGAAACACAUCGGUCGCCGGAGGGUAAACGUCAUCAUGACAACAAAUCGAUUGAGCGCAAAUACCAACAAAGCUCGAAAAAAGAACUCGAAAGACGUAACCAGACAGUCGAAAGUAAUCGCGAAAAAAGUGUCGAAUUUGAACAAAGCUACGAACCACAUGAAUCCCCUACAAGGCGCGAAAGUCAAAAGUCAAACGGUCACUCUACAAUCCGGCGUCGUUCAGACGAUAUCGGCAGAAACAGACAGGGUGAAAACAAAGCCAAAACUGAAACCAAAACCGAAACGAGGCACUUUGAAAAAGACAGCUCUCUGGAAAAAGAAUCUGCAAGCUUUGACAAAAUUGAAAGAAAAAAAAUUCAUAAAAACGAAAGUGAUAAUCUUUCCCACCCAAGCCGCGACGAAGACAGACAAAAGAAAGACAAAAGAAGGAAAGAACGGAAAGAGAAAAAAACAAAAACAAGCAUUUCGAAAAGUCGGCUUUACCACUCCGAUUCUGAACUCGAGAGUAGAAACAAAAAAAGCAGAAAAACACGCUUCAAAACCGCAACCGAUUCGAGUGACAAAUCAGCAAUCGAGAGAAAGGAUGAUGCGAACUGCGAUAAACUUAUCGAUAUAAAUGCCUUGUAUAAUCUGUUCUAUCGAGACACAGACAUUCACAACGAAAGCGGAGUCAUAAAGGAAGCCAUGGUGCAAAAGAUGUUUCACGAGAAACAGAAUGACACUCCUUGUAAACAAACAACUCAUUCAGAGGUCAAACCUGUCUUGAUGGACCAGUCCAACGUUAGAAGUAAACUUAUCAAAGUUUUGUUUCAACGAGUCAAGGAUUUGUUAAAAGAAACCGAGGACUUGAGAAACGAAAGAAAAACGUUAUAUUCAAAAAUAGAUACGCUGACUGAUGAAGUGGAAAGAUUGAAACAGCGAGACAUACAGCAACUGGAAAAGGAGAAUCAAAUCAAGGAACGAUUAGAAGUUCUAGCGGAUGAAAUGAAGAUAACAGCUCAAGGUACCAGUUUUCGAGAAGAAAUACAGAACAUUUUGCAAAAUAUACAAAGCAAGUACCAAACACAUUGGAAAGAUCACGAAAAUAAAAUCCAUAAAGUUCAAACGGACGCUGAGAUAGAAAUACAACAACUUAUGAAAAACAUCGUUGGUAAGUACGUCCAGCUAACCGAAUUAAAAGACAGGACUAAAGUAGCUGCUGACGUUGUGCAUAAACAAAGCAUAAACGAGCCCUUGCACAUUGAUGUCGAGAAUAAGCGAGACAAGGAUAUCGCAAAUUAUUCGUACCAACCAACCGACACAAACACCUCAAAAUUAAACAAAAACAAUUUAUUACUGAAAGUAGCGGAACCGUUGAGAAAUUUUCCCGCGCAUUCUGGCAGCGAGAAAUCGGUAAGUACACAAGGGUUAAAGACCACGUACAAAUCUUACCGUACUUACGUUUCUGAACCGGAUGGUAAGGACUCGACUCCACCGACUGUGUCUACUGCUACGUCCGAUACUGACAGACAGAGCCUGGAGAGCAGACUCAGAAGUUUAGGAAUAAUCAACACAACUGAAGAAAGCAAAAUGGACGAAAAAUUUAGAACACUGGAAGAGAAAUCCACUUUGGUUCGGGAAAAUUCGCACUUACUUUCCGAGAAACUUAUGUUAGGACCAAAAUCUUCUAUAUUUGAAAUAUCUGAGACGUUGGAUAAACUGCAAUCGCAUCAAAGGACAGUACACGUGUCGGAAGCAGACGCGAAAAGGUGUUCACUUUUGGAUCAACAAGUGCUGCCAAAUAAGGAGUUUUGGCGGCAUAAAUUACUGCAGCCGAAGCCAUUGGAGAGUCUACGAAAUGAACAGCAAAGGAGACAGAAUCCUGACGUAUUACGUAAUCAAUAUUAAAACCCAUUACGCAUGCGCUAUAUCUAUUGUUCAUCCACGCUGUUUAGAAACACGCAAAAAUUUAUUAGGGAGAUACAAAGGACGAUCAACUUAGAAGUCUUAUAUUGGGACAUGUUUUAUAUAUAGUUACCAGUCUUCUGGAUAAGCUCAAAAACGGAAACAUAGUGAGAACCUUUAUGGCUGACACUUUUACCAUAAAAAUGAAUAUUAGUUCAGAA